AUGGGCCACACCAGCCGAUCCAACCGGUUGGAUCCCCUGCGUACCGUCAAGGCUGCCCUGGCACGCGCGCUCCAGACACUUGGCGAUCUAGACGAUCCACAACGACCACAUCCACCCCCCUGCAACUGCGCAAAAGCUCUACGAGAGCUGCGAGAAAACAUCCUCGAAGCCAUCCGCAACGCCCAACAGAUCCUCAACUCUCCAGACAACACGUCCGAUAGCGAGGGGCGAGUGCCUCACAACACCUCCACCUCGCCAUCAUCAUCUCCAGCGACACCCCGGUCCACUAGCGCUAGUGCCGCGGCUCGGCCCGAGUCUAUACGCAAGCGACGGUCUAAAACGGCACCGGCAUACCGAGAAAGCAACGUUGCGGCUAAGAGAAGAAGGAAGCAUCACUAUGUUGGCAGUCAAGCCGAGGCUACGGAAGAGGAUAUUAUGAGCAACGAUACUCCGGCUAGUGCUGCUGCGACCGCCUCUGGCCCGGGCGAUAAUCUUCAGCAUGCGCCAGUCACAACUGACAACCUUCCCAUCGACGAACCUCCGAGUAGCGAUUCUUUGCGGCGACAAAACCAUCCCUCCGUAGCUACCAGCAGCGGGCUGUUAUCUCGGUCGCCGGAUACAACAGGGUCGCCAACAAUAGCUUGGGAAGCAGACGCGAACGGUGUUGCAGUUCUCAAACCAUCCGCAUCUCAACUUAAAGAAUUUGAUAUCCUCCUUGCCUAUGCGUGCACAUCAACCGAUGCCCAUGUACGCAGCAAGGGCGUUUUCAAGAUAUCACUUCCCCCGGAACAUCACACAUGUCGGCACAUUCCUGCCCAAUACAAGCGAUGCCGCGUUUACGAAAGCCACGCAUACCCCCAAGGCGAUAUCUUCCACAUCAAAAACCGUGACCAGAGGAAGAAGUUUGGCCCUGAGAGGCCUGCUAAUGGCGGCUUCACCACUGACUCGCCGCCAUGUUCUUCAGCGGAAGAAGAGGUCCGGAAGCAGGAUGACCGCCUGCGCAGCAACUCCCUGGAAGGCGUCUACUAUGCGACGGACAUGCUAGCGGCAGAUGAGGCAGAUCGCCGGGCCAGAGGGCUCCCAGCGGUGUCCCCAAUCCACCCACUGGCCGGGGACCAGCUGAGAAAGACAACCUGCGCGAUUCAGGGAAUACACAGUCCAUACUGCUACGAAUCUGCUCACAAGGAAGGGGCGCCUUUUCUACUCCACACUGAAGACUUCCAGCUUUGCUCUGUUAAUCUUCUUCAUCAAGGUCGAAAAAUCUGGAUAUGUGUCUUUCCAGAUGCAUCAAAUGAGUUGGAAGAUAAGUUGCGGCAAGUCAAGCCUGGAGGAAAGAGCCUGUUACCCUGUUCCCAAUUUAUACGCCAUGCAUGCAUCUACAUCUCAACUACUGAGCUGGACAAAUGGGGUAUCCCGUAUACUAUUGUUGAUCAACGCGCGGGCGAGAUUGUGGUAACGCUGCCAUCUACCUACCAUCAAGGGUUUUCUUUGGGAUAUACCAAGGCAGAAGCAGUGAACUAUGCCGACAAGAAAUGGGACCCUGGAAACACUCGUAGCCCCUGCGGCAGAUCCUGCCCAAAGUUUGCCAUCACCCAGGACGAUCUAUGCAUCGAAACGAACAAUGAAAACUCGGAAAGUGACCAGGCUCUCGCUGCCGAAAUGCAACAGGCUGUCACUAUACAGGAAAGCAUUAGCCAGUGCCUUGCCUCCCAUGGUGAUGAUUCCCAAAGACUAUUUGCCAGCUCGAAAUCAAAUCUUGGUGACAUACAGAAGCUUCGUGUAUUGGAGCUUGUCUUGCAAUGUGCAUGGCCGGAGAUGCCCACAAAUUUUAUCCCCGAGCGGAGUGCAUCAAAUAUCACUAAACAGCUCCAGAAUAUCCGGGCACAAGCCAACUUCAACGCAGCACAAGAGCGCGUAAUGCUUGCUCUGUUGGCCAGAGCUCACCGUCAACUUGUCCAGGAGAUAGAAACGGAGAGGGUGGGUGCAAGGAAGGCGAAAAAUCGCCUUCGUCGGGAUAACAAGAAAGAAACUCAUCAGGAAAGGUCUUUUGCCGUGAGGGGAAGAACCAAAGCUGCCAAAACCUUAGCGAGCGAUACAAUGAUGGAGGGUUCUAAUAUGGCUCCUCGGGUGUUCCAAGAAUGUCUCAAAGAUGGGGGCAGGCUCCUAACUAUUGCUGAACAACUUGAGUUUGGCAUUUUGAUCAGCUUCCCCGUUAGGGAUGUUCAACCACAGGAUUUUCAUCUAAGUCUGACGAAUGCUCCGUCAUGUUUAUUCUUGGAGCAGCCCAUCACCUCCUCAAGAGUUAUCUACGUGUGCUAA